GGUAGAGGCAGAGGAAGAGGAGGAAUGUUUCAACCAAGAAAUUAUCAACCACCGAGAGGAGGAAGAUGCUGGAAUUGCCAAGAUCCCAAUCACAUGAUGAGAAACUGCCCCUAUCCAAUAAGACAACAGCAAGGAAACCAGCAACAAAAUCAAAGCUGGCAAGACCCCGGAAAUUGGGCGGGACCAUGGAUGGGCCAGAAUCAGCAGAAUCAGCAAACUCAGGCAAGCUUUGGAGGUGGCCCUCCGGGACCACCUCAAGGUAACAUGUGAAGAUGCCCAGAGAAGCCAGAGGGGGAGCUGGUACAGUGCCCCACCUCACUGUACCCUGCACAAGAACCAACUAUAAUGGUGGAUGUGAGUAAUCAGCUCCAGACAUCAUUUUUGAUUGACACAGGAGCAACAUUUACAAGCAUUGGAAAAGAAGGCUCUAAGCUCCCCCUCUCACGCAAAGCAGUAAAGACAGUAGGCUUCUCGGGUAAAACUCAAACUUUGCAUUUCACAGAGCCACAAGACAUAACAGUAGAAGGAAUCACAAUACAAGCACCAUUGUUGUAUUCCCCCGAUACCCCAGCGAAUCUACUAGGCAGAGAUGUACUGUGUAAGCUAGGAGCAAAAAUCUUCUGUGGGCCUACAGGAGUGUGGGUCGAACUGCCCGAAAUCCUAGCUCAACAGUGUGUGAUGGUAGAAAGAAAAAUAGAACAACAGACACUGGAUAAAGUCUAUUGGCUGGAACUCGACGUGACAUCUUCAGAACUUCACAAGCUGUAUGACCACUUGAAAACAUGGUUUACAAACAUGCGUCCAGACUGUAAGGAAACCAGGAAACCAUGGCACUGCACAAUAAGGUAUGAUGAGGGGGGACAAGAUGAAGAAUAUGAGACUUUGUGGGGAGAACAUGUAGAAGGAAACCAGUACAGCCUCAAAGUAGAAAACGUGAUCAUUGGUCCCCAGGGGAUAGCUGCAACAGUACAACUACCAGACCACAUUGCACAGUGGUAUUCAGUUGAGAGCUCUGUUCCACAUGUCUCCCUGAUGAUCGGGCAAAAUUAUAAAUCAAAAGACUUAGGGCCAAUGGUCAGAGAAGCAAGUCAGAUAACUGAAUGGAUACCAGUGGAAAAAGACAUGAGCAUGACAUCAGACAGGAAAUAUCUCAGAAUAAAAUUAACAGCUGAAGACAGUGCGGUAGCUCACACUAUUUUGAUCAACAGACAGAUGCAAGUGAGAACACAAGUAGGGCAGGUAGGACAAUGGCAACAGAAGGAAGAACAGGCUGAACUAGAAGAAGAACAGGUACUGAAACAGAUUCCGGAAAAACUAUGGACUAAACACCAGACAGAUGUAGGGUUAGUUAAGUCAUCAGGGUUGGCGAAAAUUCAAUUAAAACCCAAUGUGCAAUUACCAUACCAGAAACAAUACCAACUGUCGCAACAGGCGAUAGAGGGGAUAAGACCCACCAUUGAAGGACUAGUUGAAGCAGGAGUGUUAAUCCCAACAGACAGCCCUUGCAACACCCCCAUCUUUCCGGUCAGAAAACCAAAUUCAGACAAGUGGAGAUUGGUCCAUGAUUUAAGACCAAUAAAUCGUGUGGUGGUAGCAGAAAAUCCUGUAGUACCUGAUCCACACACACUGUUAACAAACAUCCCUGAAGGGACUAAAUGGUACACUGUAAUUGACUUAUGCUCAGCAUUCUUUAGUGUGCCUCUGCAUCCUGAGUCUCGGUUUCUGUUUGCAUUCACAUACGGGGGAAAACAAUACACCUACACACGUCUGCCACAAGGGUAUUGUGAAAGCCCGUCAAUUUUUAACCAGGUGUUAGCACGAGAUUUAGCAGACCUAGACAUUCAAAGCAGUUUGCUUCAAUAUGUAGACGACCUACUGAUUUGUAGUCAAACCAAAGAACAGUGCGUGAAAGACUCGUUAAAGAUUCUGGAAACCCUAGCUCAUAAUGGACACAAGGUCAGUAAGGAAAAAUUGCAAUUCUGCCGACAAAAGGUAGAAUAUUUGGGUAGAGUGCUCGAAGGCACUACACGAAAGAUCUCGCCCUCUCAUGUAGAGGCAAUUCAGAAGACACCACAACCACAAACAGUGCAACAUAUGUUGUCAUUCCUGGGUUUAGCAGGUUUUAGCAGACCAUGGAUUUGUGAUUUUGCAUUAAAGACACAACCUCUCAGAGACAUGAUGAAAGCAGCUGAUCAGACAAAAUCUAGCGCACGCCUAGUCUGGACAGAAGAAGGAAAAAAGGCUUUUGAAACUAUCAAAAGUGAUCUAAAAUCUGCUCCUGCACUAGCCUGUCCAGACUACACAAAACCAUUUCACCUCUAUGUGUCAGAAAGACGAGGUUUUGCAUCAGCCAUUUUAGCACAACAGCAACAGAGCAUGGGAAAGAAGCCAAUUGCAUACUAUAGUACGGCUCUUGAUAAUGUGGAAAAAGGCAUGCCACCUUGUUACAGAGGAUUGGCAGCAGCAGCAUUCGCCUAUCAAAAAGCAUCAACAAUCACGAUGGGUCAUCCAGUGACCCUGUACACUUCUCAUGCAUUACAUGCUCUGCUGACAAGUCAAAAGUUUGUGAUCACGAAUGCACGAAGGACAGGGUAUGAUGUCAUCCUGUCUGCACCAGAACUAACAAUUGAGAGGUGCCACACAAUCAAUCCAGCUGAUCGAGUGGUCUUAUCAGAUGAGGGAAUUCCCCAUGAGUGCACUACAGAAGCAGAGAAAUUUCUGAAGGCUAGAGAUGACCUAGAGAACCAACCAUUGCAAAAUGCCCAAAUUGUUUUGUUUGUGGACGGCUCUUGCUAUCGUGCGAAUGAUGGCAAUAAAGCAGGAUAUGCUGUAGUCAUGCACAAUGAGGAAGACGACUUGUUUCAAGUACUAACUAGCGUAAGCGUACCACAACCUUGUUCUGCCCAAUUAGCAGAAAUAAAAGCGUUAACAGCAGCAUGUAGGUUGGGAGCAGGAGGAAGGUGCACUAUUUACACUGAUUCAGCAUAUGCACAUGGGGUAUGUCACACAUUUGGACCCAUCUGGGAACAAAGGGGUUUCCAGAGAGCUGAUGGAUCAUCUAUUUUGCAUGGUCCUGCAAUUUCUGAUUUGCUCAAAGCAAUGAUGCUUCCAAAGGCAUUAGCCAUUGUGAAGUGUAAAGCUCACAAAUCUGAUGGGGAUAUGGUCAGUAGAGGUAAUGCGGCAGCAGAUGAGGCAGCUAAAGAUGCAGCAUUAGGAAAAGACUGUGUGAAAGUGAUGAUGGUACAGGAUGAAGAACAUGAGGAAGUGCGAGGGCAGGUAACAGAGGAAGAUCUUGGGGAAUAUCAGGACGUGGCGAGUAGAGAGGAGAAAGAGAGAUGGAAGAAACGAGGGGCAGUACAAGACCCCAACACAGGGUUAUGGAGAAGUAUUGAUGGAGUGUGGGUUCGUGAGGCCACACACGGAGCACAGGUUGACGAGCCACUACAGCAGGUGCAACCAGGUGACUACGUGUACAUCAAAGUGUUCAAAAGGAAACACUGGAGUGAGCCACGUCGUGAAGGACCAUUCAAGGUGGUACUAGCAACUCCUACCGCAGUCAAGGUUGAAGGUAAGGAAUACUGGUAUCAUCUUAACCAUUGUUGCAGAGCUGCGGUGAAAGGACCAGAGUGGAGGAAAUCUCGUGCUGAAUUGGCACGCUGCGCCCACUCUGACGACUCAGAAGACGACGACGACGGCACAGGCCCAGCACAGGAUAAAGGACCAGCAUACAGGACACGUGCUAAAACCACACAACCACGGCCAGUUGAGGGAGAACCAAGGCCAGGCUGUUCGUAUCAGGUUGAUUCACGACCACCACAUGACACAUUAGAAGAGACUGUGCAGAGACUACUAGGCAACGAAGAAGACACUGUCACUCCACCUGCACAGUUUGACACUCUUAAUCUACAAGAUCUAGUAGACUUAGACAUCGAUCUACCUGUGGAACCAUGA